AUGAAAGCAUUGUUUUUGGUCAAAUUUCCUCUGUUUAACUUGACAGACCAAUUGUUCACCAUUUUCAAGUCUUUUUUUGGAAGCAUAGAUCUUCAUUUAUUUCUUUAGUUCUGGCUUUUUCCUUCUGCAAAUGCGUUUCUCUUUUCAAUUCACUGCCCAACCACCCAAAUGGAAGCCCUCUAAUUCAGGCAAAAUGGACAAUUCGAUGGGAACCCUUUCCAAUUGCAACCUUGAGAUGCAUGAUAUCUCAGUUACUAUACCAAAUCCAUGAUUUUAGCCCCUCCAUCCAGAAAAUGUCAUUUCCAGAAGCCAAAGCUGAUAUUUUCCACAAUAUUUUAAGCCAGCCCCGACUCAGAUACUGUUUUUUUUGGCUUCCCCUGGUAAUGCAAAAGAUUAAUUUUUUACAAUGGUUAUGGAGUGUUUUUUUUUUUUCAGGAUAACUGAUAUAUUCAACAGAACAACGUAGGCGACUUACUAUAGCAGUGGAGCUGGUUGCCAAUCCCUCCAUCAUAUUCAUGGAUGAACCUACGACUGGAUUGGAUGUAAGAGCAGCAGCCAUUGUCAUGCGAGCAGUAAAGAACAUGGCUGAUACAGGAAGGACGGUUGUUUGCACCAUCCAUCAACCAAGUAUUGAUAAAUUUGAAGCAUUUAAUGAGCUGAUUCUCCUUAAACCUGGUGGGCACAUAAUCUACUCUGGACCAUUGGGAUAUCAUUCAAGUACAGUUGUAGAAUAUUUCGAGAGUAUCCAUGGUGUGCCAAAAAUUGCAAAUAAUUAUAAUCCAGCAACAUGGAUGCUCGAGGUCACUUCAUAAGCUGAACUUGGUGUUGAUUUUGCCAAAAUAUAUAUCGCAUCUGUGUUAUACCAGAAAAACAUGGAGCUUAUAAGGCAGUUGAGCAAUCCGCCUCCUGGUUCAAGUGAUCUGCAAUUUUCAACCCGCUUGUCACAAAAUUGGUGCGGACAAUUCAAAUCUUGCCUAUGGAAACAACACUUGUCCUACUGGAGAAGUCCUUCAUUCAACUUGGUGCGCAUCAUUUAUACACUCGUCGUAUCUUUGAUAUUUGGUUCGCUAUUUUGGGGACAAGGAAGGAAAAUCAAAAUUUGUUUGACAUAUUUGGUUCAAUGUACGCUGCUGUUCUCUUCUUGGGAAUAAUUAACUGCAUGCUAAUCAUACCAUAUGUAGCAAUAGAGCGAACUGUUUCAUAUCGGGAACGAUUUGCUGGGACGUACCCUUUUUGGGCUUAUUCACUUGCACAGGAGGCAAUUGAGAUUCCUUUUUCAUUAAUCCGAGCUGUUGCCUUUGUGCUCCUUACAUAUCCCAUGAUUGGAUAUUCUGUAUCAGCAUACAAGGUUUUUUGGUGCUUCUAUGCCAUUUUCUCUUCAUUUUUGUACUACAAUUAUCUGGGAAUGCUGCUUGUGGCGUUGACCCGAAAUUACGUAGUGGCGCAAACUCUAUCCUCAACCUUCUACGCCUUUUUCAAUCUAUUCUCGGGGUAUCUGAUUCCACAACCGCAAAUUCCGAAAUGGUGGAUCUGGCUGUAUUAUCUGUUUCCUACAUCUUGGACGCUUAAUGGUUUACUGACUUCCCAAUAUGGAGAUAUAGAGAAAGACAUUACAGUAUUUGGAGAAAUCAAAAACAGUUACUGCUUUCUUAAAAGAUGACUAUGGCUUCCAUCAUGAUCGUUUAGCUAUUACUGCUGUCGCACUCAUCACCUUCCCAGUAGCUUAUGCUUUUCCUUUUGCAAUUUGCAUAGGAAAGUUGAACUUCCAAAGGAGAUAAAAUCUCUCCAUGCAUAUCGUCACUGCAUACAAGUUGCUAUAAAUUUUCAAGAACAAAGCUUUAUUGAACAACUUGCUUCAACCACACAAGUUGGAUUUACAUGUGUUGAUGCAGGUACACAACAGAACAUAAAUGUUGUUCCAAGUAUAUUUUUUUUCAAGCCUUGAAUGGCCUAGAUUAGAUUGUAUGCAAUGCAUGGUUGUUAUAUAUAUUUACAGUUAAUGUU